AUGCUCUCAUUUGACCAGAUCCCAGAUGAAAUCAUCCACCAAAUACUGCAUUACAUCUCACCAGAGGACAACUUAGUCACAGCGAACCUCCUAUCGAGACGCUUGGCCCGGCUUUCCAAUGAACCGAUUUUGUGGCGAUACUACUGUUUGCAUGCCUUCAAGUUCUGGCAUCCCAGUCACAGGUUCAAUGAGAAACUCGAAGAACCUGCAUCCAACGUUCUGUGGAAGCAGUUGUUUCUACUCCGCAAGAGAAGAAAUGCCAAGGCUGCAAGCCAAUUCCGUGGAAUAUUGGCCACCAAAUAUGGUCGAGUAAAGAAUUUUGAAGAGAUCUGCUUACUUGGUCUUGACGCCAAGGACUUUCUAUUGAACCAGGCCCAGACCCCAGAUCAUUUCGAAGACGUCUUGGCCAGAAGAUAUUUCAGUAAUGCCAUUCUCGCCAGCAUGCGCCGUGGGUACGCCAUCCAAAUUUGGGACAACCUUCGCAGUGAUGAAGCACGCGAAGCUUGGAGACCCAACCAAGUUCCGAAAGUUGUGCCCGGAAGAUUAGAGCGCGCACUUGCUGCUUUUGAUAUGUUUGUCAUUCAGGGCGACGAGGGUGACAUAGACCACGUUUCCAAGCUUCUUGACAAACUCGCAGCCGAGUUUCGGAGCGGUCAUCCCGAAUUUGACGGGCUUUGCAUUCGAGAAAGGGCACUAACUCUGAAUCGUUGGCUGAGAUCCAACAAUCUGACCGGUAUGGUCGACCCUGAAACCAACUAUCGCAAUUUACGGAACUGCCUCCUUGGCCAUGCGCUGCGAACAUCGACCCACCAGUCACUUCCAAUGGUUUCGGCAGCAAUUUUCUGUUGCGUCGGCGAGAGGCUGGGAUUGAAUGCCCACUGCUGUGCGCUACCAGGCCAUGUGCUUUCAAUGGUCUUCGCGACGCCAGAAUUCAAGUUGGAUGGCUCCAGAGUCACGGAUCCAUCAAGGCAACUUGAGAGGAUGUACUUGGACCCAUAUGGGGGCGAUGAGGAGUUCAGCAAGGAGACGCUGCGACAGUUCAUUGCCCAGGUCGGGUGGCACAGUCUAGAUGUCGAAACAAUGGCACCGGCAGCCGUAUCAACAAUGAUUGGACGUCUUGCACACAAUAUACGGCAUACCAACCUCGUUUACACGUCUCAGGACGUGUCUAUAGAGAGAUUGGCUGGACUCGGGGCUGGGACCGCUCUCCAGAACCUUGAAUUAUCCGUCUACGCCGCCGCCUGGGCAACAACUCUCCUGGACCCUGAUGCUUUUGUUGAUGUGACAUCACAUUUCGCAUUACGGUUCAACUCGCUGCGCUUCGAUGACGCCUGGAUCGUAGAGAAGAUUUACAUUACUCGGCCACAACCGCAUGGCGAUGUGUUUCUUGCUGCCCCAAACCCAGAAUACAUACUUCGCCUCAUUCGACGAGCAGAUGAGCAGCAGCCUGUGUUACGAGAUUCCCAGAUAAACCUGGAGUACAAGAUCGGCAAUGUUGUCCGGCAUGGUAGAUACGGCUUUGUUGGGGUUGUGACUGACGGAGAGAUGGCACAGGGAUCGAUCCUGUAUUACAGGCUAUUCAUGCAAGGAACCUUUUCAUUGGUCAAGGCCUCGAGCCUUGAACUCGUGCGCGAUCCUGAGGAAGCACAAGCAGCAUUUUUCCCCGACACUGGAUUAUUCUUCAAGCAAUUUGAUAGAGAAAAGUGCACAUUCAUCCCUUCCAACAAUGAGGUCGUCUAUACGCCAGUAUAA